AUGCUAUCAGACAAGGAACUUUACGAGUUGAACAAGAAGGCCGUGAGCGAGGGCUUUAAAAUCAAGCCCAGACUCAACUACAACACCGUUGGGGGAGUGAACGGACCUUUGGUUAUCCUCGAAAAAGUGAAGUUUCCUCGUUACAACGAAAUUGUGAACCUGACGCUUCCAGAUGGCACUGUCAGACAAGGCCAAGUUUUGGAAGUCAGAGGCGACCGUGCUAUUGUGCAAGUCUUCGAGGGUACCUCUGGUAUCGACGUUAAGAAAACAACCGUUGAAUUCACCGGUGAGAACUUGAGAAUCCCCGUCUCUGAAGACACCUUGGGCCGUAUUUUUGAUGGUUCUGGUAGACCUAUUGACAACGGUCCGAAGGUCUUUGCCGAGGACUACCUGGACAUUAACGGGUCGCCAAUCAACCCUUACGCGCGUAUCUACCCCGAGGAAAUGAUUUCCACGGGUGUGUCGGCUAUUGACACCAUGAACUCGAUUGCCAGAGGACAGAAGAUUCCUAUUUUCUCCGCUUCUGGUCUUCCUCACAACGAAAUUGCCGCUCAGAUUUGCAGACAAGCCGGCCUUGUUAGACCUACUAAAGAUGUUCACGAUGGUCACGAAGAGAACUUCUCCAUUGUGUUUGCUGCUAUGGGUGUGAAUUUGGAAACUGCUAGAUUUUUCAAACAGGACUUCGAAGAGAAUGGUUCUUUGGAGAGAACUUCUCUAUUCUUGAACUUGGCCAAUGACCCUACUAUUGAGAGAAUCAUCACUCCAAGAUUGGCUUUGACCACUGCUGAGUACUUGGCGUACCAGACUGAGCGUCACGUUCUGACUAUUUUGACCGAUAUGUCCUCUUACGCUGACGCUUUGAGAGAAGUCUCCGCUGCUAGAGAGGAAGUGCCAGGUAGAAGAGGUUACCCAGGUUACAUGUACACUGACUUGUCCACCAUCUACGAGAGAGCUGGUAGAGUUGAGGGCCGUAAUGGUUCUAUCACCCAAAUACCUAUCUUGACCAUGCCUAACGAUGACAUUACUCACCCAAUUCCUGACUUGACUGGUUACAUUACUGAGGGUCAAAUUUCUGUGGAUCGUCAACUGUACAACAAGGGUGUCUACCCACCAAUCAACGUUCUACCUUCGCUUUCCAGAUUAAUGAAGUCUGCUAUCGGUGAAGGCAUGACCAGAAAGGAUCAUGGUGAUGUUUCCAACCAGCUUUACGCGAAGUACGCCAUUGGUAGAGACGCGGCCGCUAUGAAGGCUGUUGUUGGUGAGGAAGCCCUUUCUAUUGAAGACAAGCUCUCUUUGGAGUUCUUGGAAAAGUUCGAGAAGACCUUUAUCAGCCAAGGUGCUUACGAGAACAGAACUAUUUUCGAAAGUUUGGACCAGGCUUGGUCUUUGCUAAGAAUCUAUCCAAAGGAGAUGUUGAACAGAAUUUCUCCUAAGAUCUUGGACGAGUUUUACGAUAGAGCCAGAGAUGAGGACGACGAAGACGAGCAAGAUGCUGAUGAGCAAGACAAGAAGCCUCAGGAGGAAUCUUUGAUUUGA